AUGUCAAAUCCAAACAGUAUAAACUAUAGUCUCAGCAAAGAAAAUGAUAAAUAUUAUUUUCGUAUUUGCCCCCAUUGUAAUCAAAUUCAGAAAUCAAUUUUCUGGUGUAUAGUCUGUUCCUAUGAUUUCAAAAAAGGCACUUUUGAUGAAACGAUCGAUAAACAUCUAACGGGAAAUCAAAAAAUCGGAUCGAAUUGGUAUGAAAACAAAGAUUGGGUUACGUACACACAAUUUGUCGAGGACGAUUUUUCAGACGAUGGCAGCGAAGACGAUUAUCAAGAAGAUGAACGUGAACUUGAUUACGACUUUGAUAAUGAUGUAAAGACAAUAUUCAGUCUCCGAGAAAAAGCUAACCACUUUGCGUAUUGUAAAGUAUGCACGAGACCAAAUUUAAGUUACGAUUGGUGCAAUUCUUGCAAUAGAAAGAUAUUAGAGACUAACUUCCGCCUAUGGAAUAGCGGCGACGAUAAUGUUAACGAAUUUAUUCGAGAAACACAAAGAAAGGCGAAUAAACAUCUCAAUUAUAUAGAAUGGGUAGAAUUUGAUUCGAUCACCAAUAUGAAAUAUUUGGCUACAGGCGGAUUUGGCAUAGUGUAUACGGGAAGAAUAACCAACGAGGAACGAAAAAAAUCUAUAAAAUCGUGGCGUUUUCAUGCAGGAGAUAAAAUAGUACUAAAAGCUCUGAAAAAUUCACAAUUCAUGUCAAAAGAAUUUUUGAACGAGCUUCAAAAUUACCAUCAAUGUUUUGGUGACGACAUGAACGCACAUCUUCACAUAUUCGGGAUUACUUACGAUCCUAAUAAUAUUGAAUUCAUGAUGGUUCUUAAAUUCGCAAAAGGAGGAGAUUUACGUUCUAUUCUACAACAAAACCAUAGAAAGAUUUCAUGGAGAGACAGGAUUGAGCUGCUUUAUGGAAUAUCACAACAGCUACUUACUAUACACAAUAAAGACAUUAUUCAUCGAGACUUGCACGCAGGAAACAUUCUUUUCGACAAUAAAUUCUACGAACGUGAUUUCUUUAGACGGAUUUAUAUCGCUGAUCUAGGACUUGCAAGACCUUGUGAUCGACGGCAUACAACGGGCAAAGGCACUUAUGGAGUAAUACAAUACACAGCGCCCGAAAUUUUCCGAGGUCAACCACAUUCAAAGGCUUCCGAUAUUUAUAGCAUCGGUAUUCUAAUGUGGGAGUUGAGUGCGCCUGGUCAAGCUCCUUUUCGAAGAAGAGUUUAUAAUCAGGACGCACUCCUUCAAUGUGCAAUUUGGGACGGUGAUCGACCAAAAAUUCAUACAGACACUCCAAACCCAUGGGUUGAAUUGAUGAAAAAAUGCUGGCAACACAAUACGGAAGAUCGACCUACUACAAAAGAAUUAUUCGAGACAACUGAAAGUUGGUACUUCUUCAAAGAAGACUAUACAGAAUUUAAGGACGCCGAUGAAAGACAAUCCGUGCUAUACGCUAAAAAUUUUACAGCGUAUAACGCACCCCCAGAACAUACAGCAGAAUACCAAGAAUUUCAAAAUGAGCGUAGUAAAUCUAUUAAAUAUCUUCAGGAUCGUCAAAUGCCAAUGUAUAGAGAACAACUGGAACAACUGAGACAACGAAUGAGUCAAUAUGAUUCACAUCUGGAUGACUGUGCAAUUAGUAAUCCCAAAACAGGCGGAUCUUCGGCUUAG